GGCGAGCGCGCCGGGCCCGGCCCCGCAGCCAUGAACCUGGAGCGGCUGCGGAAGCGUGUCCGGCAGUACCUGGACCAGCAACAGUAUCAGAGUGCUCUAUUUUGGGCAGAUAAAGUAGCUUCACUCUCUCAUGAGGACCCCCAGGACAUUUACUGGUUGGCUCAGUGUCUUUACCUGACAGCCCAGUAUCACCGGGCAGCUCAUGCACUUCGGUCUCGGAAACUGGACAAAUUGUAUGAAGCAUGUCGCUACCUUGCAGCUAGAUGCCAUUUUGCUGCGAAAGAAUAUCAGCAGGCUCUUGAUAUUCUUGACAUGGAGGAGCCGAUCAACAAACGACUGUUUGAGAAAUGUUUGAAGGAUGAAAGUGGCUUGAAAGACCCCUCCAGUGACUGGGAAAUGUCACAGUCCUCACAAGAGACCCUAUAUCACUUAGCUGUUAGCCACCAAUUCCUUCAUAUCCCAGUUACUCUCUGUAACAUAUCUAUGCAGGAACUUGGUUACUCCGCUCUUCACCAUAUAACGAUAAAGAGUUCCAUUUGCCUUUUACGAGGAAAAAUCUAUGAUGCUCUAGACAACCGAACCCUCGCUACCUAUAGCUAUAAAGAAGCUUUGAAGCUUGACGUGUAUUGCUUUGAAGCAUUUGAUCUGUUAACGUCCCACCAUAUGUUGACAGCCCAAGAAGAAAAAGAACUUCUUGAAUCACUACCUCUUAGCAAGCUCUGCACUGAAGAACAGGAAUUGCUACGAUUUCUGUUUGAGAACAAGUUGAAAAAGUAUAAUAAGCCUAGUGAGACUGUCAUCCCUGAGUCUGUGGAUGGUUUGCAGGAGAAUCUGGAUGUGGUCGUGUCUUUAGCUGAAAGACAUUAUUAUAACUGUGACUUUAAAAUGUGCUACAAGCUGACUUCUGUAGUGAUGGAGAAAGAUCCUUUCCAUGCGAAUUGCUUACCUGUGCAUAUAGGAACACUUGUAGAGCUGAAUAAAGCAAAUGAACUUUUCUAUCUUUCUCAUAAAUUGGUGGAUUUGUAUCCUAGUAAUCCUGUGUCUUGGUUUGCAGUGGGAUGCUACUAUCUCAUGGUCGGUCAUAAAAACGAGCAUGCCAGAAGAUACCUCAGCAAAGCUACGACGCUGGAGAAGACCUACGGGCCAGCGUGGAUCGCGUACGGGCAUUCGUUCGCAGUUGAGAGUGAGCAUGACCAGGCGAUGGCUGCGUACUUCACCGCAGCGCAGCUGAUGAAAGGGUGUCACUUGCCAAUGCUUUAUAUUGGAUUAGAAUAUGGAUUGACCAAUAACUCAAAAUUGGCCGAAAGAUUCUUUGGCCAAGCUCUAAGCAUCGCGCCAGAAGACCCUUUUGUUAUGCACGAGGUCGGAGUGGUCGCAUUUCAAAAUGGAGAAUGGAAAACAGCAGAAAAAUGGUUUCUCGAUGCUUUGGAAAAAAUUAAAGCAAUUGGGAAUGAGGUGACAGUCGACAAAUGGGAGCCUCUGUUGAACAACUUGGGCCAUGUCUGCAGAAAACUUAAGAAGUAUGCUGAGGCCUUGGACUACCACCGGCAGGCCCUGGUGUUAAUCCCUCAGAACGCGUCCACCUACUCCGCCAUCGGCUAUAUUCACAGUCUGAUGGGCAACUUUGAGAACGCUGUGGACUAUUUCCACACCGCUCUUGGUCUUAGGCGAGAUGACACAUUUUCUGUUACAAUGCUUGGCCAUUGCAUUGAAAUGUACAUUGGUGAUUCUGAAGCUUAUAUUGGAGCAGACAUCAAAGACAAACUAAAAUGUUACGAUUUCGAUGUGCAUACAAUGAAGACAUUAAAAAACAUUAUUUCACCUCCGUGGGAUUUCAGGGAAUUUGAAGUAGAAAAACAGACUGUGGAAGAAGCAGGGCUUGCACCACUAGAAACCUCAAGGAAAACCCCAGAUUCCAGACCUUCCUUGGAAGAAACCUUUGAAAUUGAAAUGAACGAAAGUGACAUGAUGUUAGAGACGUCUAUGUCGGACCACAGCACAUGAUUCCAGACUGGUCUCAGUUCCCCGUUGUCUUAGAGUAAGUCUGCUUCCUCUCAUCCUUGUCUUAAACAUUUCCAAUUUCUCAACAUGCAUCCAGACCCCACCUCUGCAUUUAGGAAUGGAUACUUGCCUUAAGAGAUUGGAUUGCACACUUUUGCAACAGAUGUUUUCUGAAUAUACAGAAUAGUAAUGCAAAGUGAAAUAAAGAAGGUGAAACAUCUCUCUUUUUUUCAGCAGACUUUUAUUUGGGGCUAAUUUUGAACUUUCAGAAAAUCUACAAAGAUAGUACCAAGAGCUUCCAUAUGUGCUCACCCAGUUUCCGUAUUGUUAACAUCUCAUAUGACUGUGAGACUUCCAUCAUAACUCAGAAAUCCACCUUGGUUUUCCGUAACCAAACUCCAGGCGUCUUGGAUCUCACCAGCUUCCUUGGGAGUG